UGGCUACCUCAGCAACAAAUAUAAUGUUAAGACUUUUCCUCAAAAGGUUCCUAAAAAGAUCUUGUCUGGUUAUAUGGGUCCAUAACAAAUAUUUUACAUGCGCAGAAUCUUUUUUGUAUAGAAGGUUCUACAAAUUUAAAAAGUUCAAGAAAUAGUUAUUUUAGGAAGCUUCGCCUGAAAGGGAUUUUUUGAGGAACAAAAAAUGCUUUUUAUGGGAUUGCUGUGUGUUUUUAUGUAAUUAAAUUAGCUGUAUGCAGGGGUAGUUUAGCUGUGGCUGAAUAUGUGGCAGCUGAAUCUGUGAAUCUUGUUAUUCUCUUGGCACAGGAGUAUGUUAAUAAGUAUAUUCUAGCUUUGUCGAAUAAAAAAUGUUCGACAACAUAAUAAAAAACAUUUUCAAUAACCCUGUCCGUUAGCAUUUGCUAAACGUGUUUUGUCGGCCUUCCUCGUUUUCCUGCGGCCGUGUCGCAGUGACGCUCCGGUAGAGCUGCGGCGCGUCUGCGCGUUGAGCUCCGCCCUCCCUGCGCGCUCCGCGGCCCGCCCAGCGCCCGCUGACUCCCGCUCGAACCCUGCCCGAGUCUGGGGAAACCCGACGGCCUGUCUGCGGGAAUUCUGAAGGCCGUCGCGCGCGUUGAUCAGAUGCAUCAGAUCCCACGGAUUUAAUCAGACGAUACCGCUGCGCGUCCACGCCAGUUGUGCAGUGGCCAAUGAAGAGUAAAGACGAUGGCUGAGGAGGUCACGAGGCUUGCGCUCCGCUCCCAAGAGCCAAAGAUAAUACUGCAUGGCUCAGACGAUGGAGGUGCAGGGGAGGAGGAGUACGUGGUGGAGCUCCAGGAGACAGUGCUGGUGUCUGAGGUGGAGGGGGAGGGGGUGUCCGUGCAGGGCUUCUCCUCAGAUGAGCUCGUGAUCCAGGAUGCAGUGGAGGACGUGGUCGCUGAGUAUGUGCACUGCGAUGACGACGAGGGUGUUGCCGUGGAGACCUGUGUGAUGUCACUGGAGGGCGAGGAGGAAGAGGAAGACGGCGUUGCCAUGACAGAGAUGACAGAGGAUGUUUUGGUGGCAGAGGGGAGAGAGCAAGAUGAGCUGGACCAAGAACACGACUCUGACAGCUGUGGAGACUACCUGAUGAUCUCAUUGGAUGAUGCUGGUAAAAUGGUGUCGGGAGAUGGAGAGGAGGUGACAGUGGAGGGAGCAAUAGAUGAUCAGGAGGUGGAGAAAGAUGAGGAUGGACAGGAAGUGAUCAAAGUUUACAUCUUUAAAGCAGACUCAGGGGAAGAUGAUCUUGGUGAGACAGUGGACCUGGAUGAGAGUGAUACAGUGGCUUUGGCUGAACCUGUCGUACGGCCGCUGAGAGAGAAGACGGUCUACAUGUCGAUGGGAGACGGCCAUCACACACAAACAGAAGGAGGGUCGAAGGUCUCAGAUGAGGUCUAUAUGGAGGUGGUGGUUGGCGGGGAGGAGCCGGUGUCUCAUGACAGAGCGUAUGACAGCACCGCACUGAGCAAAGACUUCAUGCCUGUAGCAUGGGCCGCUGCUUACGGUGCGGCUGAUCAUGAGGGUUGUGAGAAUCGUAACGGUGCGGCGAGUGCAUUGCUGCACAUAGACGAGUCGGAUUCACUGGACAAACUGAACCGGCAGCACGGCAAAAACAAGAGGAGAACCGAACCACGACAGGUCCAGACAGCAAUCAUCAUUGGUCCAUAUGGACAACCUCUCACCGUCUACCCCUGCAUGCUGUGCGGUAAGAAAUUCAAAUCCCGCGGCUUUCUGAAGCGGCACACUCGCAACCACCAUCAGGAAGUCUUGACUCGCAAAAAGUACCAGUGCACUGACUGCGACUUCACCACCAAUAAAAAAGCCAGCUUCCACAACCACAUGGAGGUUCACACGCUCAGUAACAAAGCCCCCUUUGAAUGCGAAACCUGCGGAAAAGAGUUCCACCAGCAAGCGGCAUUGUUCUCUCAUCGUCUUCAACACCAUCACCGGGAACAGAAAGCACCCACGGCCAUCGCUUCCCCCCUCCCUCCUUCUGCCGCCAACAAGACGCACAAAUGCAAGUUUUGCGAUUACGAGACUGCGGAGCAGGGAUUGCUCAAUCGCCACCUGCUGGCCGUUCACAGUAAGAGUUUCCCACACAUCUGCGUGGAAUGCGGCAAGGGUUUCCGCCAUCCGUCGGAAUUAAAGAAACACAUGCGGACGCAUACGGGCGAGAAGCCGUACACGUGCAUGUACUGCGAUUACAAAUCGGCGGACUCUUCCAACCUCAAGACGCACGUGAAAACGAAGCACAGCCGCGAACUCCCGUUCCGUUGCGAGCGCUGCGGCCAGACCUUCAGCGAGGAGGAGGAGUUGACGCAGCACGCUGCCACGCACGAGGACGCUCGAGGACACCAGUGCAGCCAUUGUGACCAUCGCAGUUCCAACUCCAGCGAUCUUAAACGGCACAUAAUUUCCGUGCACACCAAGGACUACCCGCACAAAUGCGCCAUCUGCGGGAAAGGCUUCCAUCGGCCAUCCGAGCUUAAGAAACACUCAGCUUCUCACAAAGCCAAGAAACUGCACCAGUGUCGACACUGCAAUUUCAAGAUCGCCGAUCCCUUCAUCCUCAGCCGCCACAUCCUCUCUGUGCACACCAAGGAACAGCAGCAACCGCAGCAGCCCGCAUCGCCAACGCCGGCGGCUCAGCCGCAGCCCCCGACUAUAGAAAAGGCUGCCCCCAAGAGGACUAUAGGGGCAGCCCAACUGGCGGCGGGCGGCGCUGUGGUAAAGAAGGGUGGUGGGGGCAAGGGCCCACGGGAAAGGAGGGUGUAUCAGUGUCAGUAUUGCGACUACAGCACUGGAGAUGCGUCUGGAUUUAAGAGACACGUCAUUUCUAUUCACACUAAAGACUAUCCUCAUCGCUGUCAGUACUGUUCUAAGGGCUUCCGGAGACCUUCUGAGAAAAACCAGCACAUUAUGAGACACCAUAAAGACGUGGUGCCUGCAGAAUGAGCCCGGAAGCCCGCUGCACCCUCCUCUUCCUCAUCUUCCUCUGUGUCCCACUCACUUCCGUAAGAGACACUAAACAGCCGGUGAUUUGAAAUCAUCAGCUCUCAUGUCGUCAACCAGUUGCAUAGAUGUGCGUGUGUGUAUGUUGUCGUGUCCGUAUGAGAAUGCAUUUUCACUUUGCUUAAUGGUCAUUUUUUUUCCUCUCCCACAUUAAAGGAAUAGUUCACCCAAAAAUGAGAUUGUCAUAAGGCACUUAUUCUCAUUUUGUUUCAAACCCUCAUUGCUUCUUUGGAACACAGAAAGUAAUUUUUUAAAGAAUGUUAUGGCUAUUACAGUUUACUUGGACUUUAAAGCUUGCCAAAAAAGCUCCUGAAAAGUGUCAUAAAAAAUUGGCCAGACUUAUAGCUUCUGGUGUAUUGAAGCUGGUAUUUAUGUCUAAAAAAAAUGUUAUGUUGUAUUAAUGCUAAAAGGGCUUUGGUUUCAUGUUCCACUGAAUAACAACACAUGGGUUUGGCACAAAAUGAGGAUGAGUAAAUACUUUUGAGUGAACAUAUUCUUUAACUUGGUUAAUUGUUGUGUGUGUUUUAUGUAUUUCUAUUGAUGCAUCUCAAUUUGGAUUUUGUACCUUAACUGAUCAACUCUCAAUGAAUCGUGUUAUAUUCCUCAAGCAUUUUACAGACCCAAGUCAAGCAUGUGUUAUCUGAAAACGAAAAUAUUUGACCCUGACAUCAUAUAUAUGCGCUCUACAAUGCUUUUUGAAUAUAGGACCGUGUGACACCCAAUCCAAAUAGCCAAAUAUUCCUCUUGAUUUAUAACAUUUUAUUUAUGGGCAAGGGUGCAGAACUUGGACAUGGUGGAAACAUCACAUGUUUUAGCGUUGGAGAGAUAUAAGGCUGUUUUUCAAAGGAUCUAAAAGCAAUGCCUUAUUUUUCUUCAUUAGUUUGGUCAGAAUGGGGUCACGUGGGACACAUGUGGUCUUUCAAACUUCAAAUAACUGCAGUAAGCUUUGUGUUUACCUUGUAUUUUUGUCACCAUGAUGAAAACAUGCGGUUUCAUCAUUAAUUACAAAGGGUUUUAAAGGAAUAGUUUACUAAAAAAUUAAAACGUGUCAUUUUUUUUCUUUUUUGAAAAUGCAAUGUUUCGUGAAUUCUUCAAGCGUGCUUCGUUACAACAACCAGAGGCUUUGAAAUCUCUUAAACAGACAGAAUGCUUCAGUGACAGAUUUGUUUUGUUGUGAACUGUUCGUUCAAAGCUUAUACAUAUAUUGGUUUUAAUGCUUGUAAAGCCUUUGAAUCUUGAUUAAUGGUUUUUAAUGUUAUAAGUUAAAUUUAUGGCACGCAAUGAAUGGAUGUGGGACCACAGAACUUAUGUAUAGAAUUAAACUGUGAAUCUCACCGAAGAUUUCUGGGUCAUAUUAAUCUCCAAAAUCAAAACAUUGCAAAAGUAUUUUGAAAACAAACACAAAAACAAGCAUUUUUCUUUGUUUUAAGAAUGUAAUGCUUGUAUGAAAGCAACCCCUAACAGAACCAUGUUCUUCUGAAAUACCUUAAAAGAAAUGUUUGUAGUAGCACCUUUGCCGAUUUGAUAAAUACAUAUUUGUAGUCAGUAUUUUGACUUUAAGGAGGUUUAAAUAAGUGCCGUAAUGAUUGGCAUGGAAAAUAUAGGAAUUGUUUUUUUACAGUAUUUGGUUAUAAUUGAAUACACGCAUUAUCCGUCAUUGAAAUCUGUUAUGUUUUAUCUUGUUAAUAUGACCCUAACUUGUCAGUCUGAGAUUCACCCAAACAAACUGUAUGCGUGCACUAUAUACCCCUGUAACAUUUAUCAGCGGUACUGCCUGUAGCAAAAAAUUCAUAACCUCAUGGAACACUUCAGUAUCAGGCCGAUGGUAUCACUCAUCAGUAUACACAAUAUGGAGUAUUUAGAUGAAAUGAAUGAUCAUAUCUGUGUGUAUGUAAUGCUACGACUGUGUUUUAGUUGAGUUCUGUACCAGAUAUGCUUGACAUUGCCAAUAACCCUUCACCAGUGACCCUUGAGCGACUGUAAUGACUAUCUUAUGAUGGUACUAUUUGACUGUGUUUGCAUGCAGUUAAAGAAAUCCACAAAGCCUCCUUAAACCCUCUAACUGUCUUAAUAGCCAACAUCAGACCUCGCCGAGAGCAUGCACACGUCUCGCUCGCUGUAACAAACAAGUAGUGACGUGUUUGAAAAUGUCCCACGUACACACAUACAGAUUGUUUAUGUAUAACAUUAGAUCAGCCAUGGAUCCGAAAACCGUUUCACUAGCCUGUGAUGUAUGAUGUCAUCUCCAGCUCUGCACGUGGUUGGCCAGAGGUUUUAGAUGAAGUGGACCGAUUACAUAACCUUAAACAGCCUCUUUCCAUCACGACACAAUUGCCAAGCGUCUUAUCUUACUCGAAUCAAUGCCAUUGGUCAGAAACGGCGUCGGUCGCAAGCCGAGCUGACCAAAGCACUUGUCAUUAGCCUUCCUCAUCCUUUUGUCCCUGUGAUCAUUUUUAUACCGCAGAUAUUUAUUUGGUCACCGUUUAAAAUUUGUUGUAUAGUUAAAUGUAACUAGGAUUCUAUGCGAUUAUAACUUAUUGUUUUGUACACAGAUCUGUAAAGAGAGAGAGAGAGACGCUGUAAACAAUUCAGGAUUCUGAACUUUGUGUUGUCAUGGAUGUAUCUUCACAUUUGUUUUAAAAAAAAAAAGAUAAAAAAGGAAAUAAAAGGCAAAGUAUUUUCCUGCAUUCUCUGUUCGGUGUGAUUACAUGAGUGAGAAAAUCUAUUAAAACUUUAUGAAAUGGAUCUGGGACAAGGUGAGAAUCUUUUACUUUUAUUUGUAUGAUGAUUCAUUCCGUAUAUGGCCAUUUAUGAUAUUCAAUUAGUUUUUACCUUUCAUAAUUGAAAAGUCUGACGCACUUGCCUGCUUAAAAUGAGUUCUGAAAACCAAAUAUAGCACUUUUUUUUACCAAAAGGUUAAAAGGAGUGAUGUCUUAUUGUCAUUAAUGACAAAUUAAUUUCACAAUCAUUAACCAAGUUGGUUGCAUUCACAUAACAAUCUUGUGAUCUGUACAUUGCCAAAACAUUUUUUGUAGUAUUCAUGUCUUGAAAUUGUUUUCAAAAAUGCUCUUAAUCCAAAGGAAACACAAUAUGUUUUUGUCUUACCCUGUUUGCAAUUAUCGUAUGUGCAUAUUUAUUUUGACAUAAACCUUCUUUGUAAUUUUU